UUUAAUUUUUCCACGUAAAUUGUAGUCAUGUACCAGGAAUAUCUGAACCAACUGCAGACCUCGAUCGCGCCGCUCAGCUCGGACCAGCUCAAGGAGCUGCUCAACAAUGACGAAAAGCUGGACGAGAAGGUGGACGAGGUGCUGCUGGCGCUGAAGGAACAAAAGAAGACCAUUUUCGAGGACAAUCGCAACCGAGCGGAGCAGAACAUCGAGAAGGAGCCACAGAUCAUCGAGCUGCGCGGCAAGCUGUCGGAGUUGUCCGAGGAGGGACGCAACUGCUGCAGUUCCGUGCAGGAGAAGCUCACAGAGCUCAACAAAAAGACAGGCGGAGUGGGCCAGGAGACGGCCCUGGCCCUUCUGCAGACAGCCGCCUCCGAGAGCGAGGAGCAGACCGAGGAGAUGGUCAAAAAGUUCAACGACAACGAGCUGAACGUCGAGUCCUUUCUGGAGGAGUUUCUUGCCAGCCGCCGCACCAUGCACUUGCGCCGCCUGAAAGCCGAGAAAAUGCAGGAUCUGCUACGCAAGCAACGUCGCAGCACAGGUCCCGCACAUCCGCCAGCGUACGGAAAUGUGCCAGGCAGCGGCUUUUAUCCCUCGCCGGGUGGAUCAUCGAUGCCCUAUCCCCCUUAUCCCUCGGCUGGCGGCUCGGCGCCGUAUCCCAUGAUGGGUCCCCUAAUGCCCAUGCCGCCGCCCUCGAGGCCGUACUAGAUGGGGUGUACGGGUUGUACCAUGUACUGCCAUAGUAGUAGUAGUAGUAGAAGAGAGGUAGGCGGGGGCGACGCAUGACGCAUUGCAUCCAGUAGUUGGGGAGCUUUUAGAACAGACAGUAUAAAGUAUGAAAUAUUUAAUAAACGACAUCUCAUCGA